AUGGCCGGCGUCCCGACGAGCGAGACCGGCGUCGAUGGGUUCCUGCGCCGGUAUCCGACGUACGACGGACGCAAUACGAUCAUUGCGAUCUUUGACACGGGCGUCGACAUGGGCGCCGCCGGUCUCCAAGUGACGACCGACGGCAAGCCGAAGCUGCUCGACGUCAUUGACGCCACGGGCGCGAAUGACGUCGACAUGUCGACGGUCGUCAAGGCCAAGGACGGCAAGCUCAAGGUCGGCAAGAAGACAUGGACGCUCAACCCAUCGUGGACCGCCGUCGAUGGCACGUUCCGCAUCGGUUCCAAGCGCGCCUACGAGCUCUUUCCCGCGCCGCUCGUCAAGCGGCUCAAAGCCGAGGCCAAAGACGCCUUUCUCGUCUUGCACCGCGCGGCAAUCGACGUCGUCCAGACCAAGUUGGUGGCGUGGGAGACCUCGGAGCGUACGGUCGACGUGCGCCGGGAUCUGCUUGCGCAACUCUCGCUCCUCGAUGAAGCGGCCAAGCGCUUUGACGACCAAGGACCAGUGUACGAUUGCAUUCUCUUUUUUGACGGCGCCGAGUGGCGUGCGGCGAUCGAUAGCUCGGGCCAUUGCGACUUCAGCGCGAUUGAGGCCAUGGGCGUCUACCACAAGCAGCGCGAGUUUCGUUGUUUUAGCGACGCGUCCCAGCUGCACUACGCGUUCAACGUCUACGACAACGGCGAUGUCCUCAGCAUCGUCUGUGACGCCGGAUCGCAUGGGACGCACGUGGCAUCGAUCGUCGCCGGCCACGACCCAAAAAACGCAGCGAACAAUGGAAUCGCACCCGGCGCGCAGCUUGUGUCAAUCAAGAUUGGCGACACGCGCAUGGGGUCGUCCGAGACGGGCACCGCCAUCUCGCGCGGUAUCCUCGCCGUCUUCGAGCACAAGUGCGACGUGGUCAACAUGAGCUACGGCGAACACGUCGUGCAUCCCAACCGCGGCCGGUCCGUCGACCUCAUCAACGAGCUCGUCCACGGCCACAGCGUCACGUUUGUUGGCAGCGUUGGCAACGACGGCCCGGCCCUCGGGACGACCAAAGGUCCGUGCGGGCUCUCGUCGAGCAUUCUCGGAGUCGGCGCGUACGUUUCGCCGGCCAUGAUGGCCACUGUCCACAGCAUGUGCCCGCCGUUGGCCGAGGCGGCGUUGUAUACGUGGUCGUCGCGCGGCCCGUCCUUGGACGGCGACAACGGCAUCUCGGUCGUCGCGCCCGGCGGUGCGAUCACGUCGGUCCCAAACUGGACGCUGACCAAGCAGCAGCUCAAGAACGGGACGUCGAUGGCUGCGCCGCACUGCGCCGGCGUCCUCUCGCUGCUCAUCAGCGGUCUCAAGGCGCAACAGCUUCCAUACCACCCCUACAGUCUCCGACGCGCUCUCGAAGCGACUGCGACGCCAUUGCCGGGAGUCGGGGCCCAUGAACAAGGCUGCGGCUUGGUCAACGCGCCAGCAGCUUUUGACCACGCGGUGCGGCACGGCCCUUGCCUCUCUGGGCAACCGUGGUUUCUGGACGUGCACGUGACGGCACCAGGACGACCGACAGCGCGGGGGAUCUGCCUCCGGGAGCCGUUCGAGGUGACACCUGCGCGCGUCGAGCGGACCAUCAAGUUGACGCCGGUCUUUCCAAAAGCAGCGCCAAACGCGGAUCGGAUCGCGUAUGCAAAGACGCUGCGGCUCGUCGCGACGCAGCCGUGGGUGCGCGUGCCAUCGACGCUGACGCUGUGCAACGAAGGCCGGUCGUUUGUCGUCUCGAUCGACCUAAAGCACGUGGCGAGAGACGAGGUCCAUGACGCAACGAUCCUGGCGUUCGAGACGCCAUCGGACACGACUCCGUGCGUGCGGAUUCCCGUGACCGUCAUCAAACCACAAGUGGCCACGGACGUCGUGUCAUUCACGGCGUCGGUGGCGCCAGGAAAGGUGCAUCGGACGUUCCUCACCGUGCCAGCAGGCGCCACGUGGCUCAAUCUCUGCGUCGCGACGCCGGGCAGCCAGAGUCCAACCGUCGUGCUGCAUCUCAACCAGUACGAAAGCAUGACGCGCCCGAACGCCAAGUACCUCCACAAGCGGUUCGUCCCGGAUCUGGCGCCGGACGCCGGGAUCAGCAUGAGUGUUCGGGCGGACGCGACACUCGAGCUCGCGAUCGCGCCGUUUUGGAACACGUCGGGGGGUUCCGUCACGCUGCGCGUCGACGGCAUCUUUCGCGGCAUACUUCCCGACCCGUCACAGGUGACGCUGCACGCUGGCGACGGCACCGCGCGCGUGAACUUGCGCGCCAUCUUGCGCACCGAGAGUGUGCUUCCGGACGCCAAACUGCAGCGUUGGACGCAGCGCCUUCGACCGACGAGCGCCCACGUGUCGCCGUGCUCGUUGCGAAGUGCGUGGCCCGACCACCGCAGCAUCUACCAACUCGUACUGAGCUACAAGGUGACACAAGCCGACGACGGCCGCGUCGUUUGGCGACUCCCGCUGCUCAACGGGCAGCUGUACGACUCGCCGUUCGAAGCGCAGCUGCUCAUGGUGUUUGAUGCACUCAAAAACCUCGUCAGCACCUCGGACGCAUACCCAACCGAGAUGCCUUUGGCCAAAGGGAGCUACGUUGUCCGUGUGCAAAUCCGACACCACGAGUACAGUAUCCUGAACGGGCUGACGCAGAGCCUCUUGGUUGUCGAUCGCAGCAUCAAAGACGUUGUUUUGCCCGUCUACGCCGCCGCCGAGAGUGCGUCCACCCAAGCCAAGCCGAUGGCGACAACUGUGCUGGCCAAAGGUGCCGAGCUACCCAUCUUUGUCGGGGAGCCUCCGAUCGAGAAGCUCCCAAAAGGCGCCGCCCCCGGUGACGUCCUCACAGGUCGCAUCACGUAUGGGAAAACGCAGCUCGAGACGUGGCGCGGCGCGAGCUGCAAACCAAAUGGCUUUGCUUUGACGUAUACGGUGCCGCCGUCCGAGACCAAAUUCAAGGAGCCCGAGGCCAAGGACGCCAAGAAUGCGAGCGCCGAUGCAGACGCGCUGCGUGAUUUUCUCGUGAACCGGGUCACCAAGAAAAUUGGAAAAGACGACUUUCUACCCAUGUGGCAAAACCUCCUGGCCACGUACCCGGGGCACCUACCGCUCCUCCGCGCGCAUCUGCAGCAUCUCGACGUCGAGAAGACGCGUCUCGACCACUUGAGUGCGAUCGUGGCGGCCGCCGAUGCCCUUUUGGCGCAGCUUUUGCCCGAUCUACCGACGCUCGCCGCGUACUAUGGACUCAAGGCGCAGCCGUCGGCGUUGCGCAAAGAGAACGACAAGAAGAAGGCGCUGCUGGUCGACGCGCUGGGUCGCAAAGCCCGAGCCCUCGCCGACGCGGCGAAUGAAAUGGAUUUCGUGCCGACGUAUACGCUUUUGCAGCAGUGGGCAUCGACUCCGUCGGACGUCAAGCACCUCCACGCAGCGCUGUACGACGACACGCGACGUGGCCUGUACGGCCUUGCCCUCCAGCGGCUGCACGCGAUGACGUCGAGUGUCGACAAGCCCAGUGUCGCCAAAGAGAUUCUGGACAAGAAGAUUGCACUCUGCCGAAUGCUGGGGUGGACGCACCUCGCAGCGACCCUCACCGUGGUCAGUCCAAAAGACUAUGCGCCCUUUUAG